AUGCCUUUACAAACUGCAAAAACUUCACAUCCUAAAAGAUUUCUCAAGAAUUCUUCAAAAAUUCUAACGAAUCAACAAAACUCUAAUGAAACAUGCAUACCACUUCAGAUCAGCGCAAUUGUUGAAAUGAAAUUCAUAUUUGGUGAACAAUACGCAAAAGUGUCAUUUGAAGUAGAUCAAUCAUUACAACCGCAAUGGGAGUCCGUGAAGAAUAUACAAGGUGUAGAAGGAUUGAUACUCGAAUUUCAACAAAUGAAAGAAGAAGAAGAUCGUGCUGGACGUGAAGAGCGUUUAAAAGAGUUGAAAACACGGGCAAAUUUAUAUUUACAUAAAGAUUAUAAAGCAACCACCAAUCUCCACGAUCAGCUUUCUACCAACACAAUUACUGCUUACAAAUCAAAAAUAAAAACUGUGACAUUUGCUCAAAAUAUCAAUUGUGUGCAAGUGCCAAUACCAAUACCAAACAUAUCAAUUGAGAAUGUGAAUAAUUCUAGCCUGAUAAAAACUGGUAUUAAACAUAAACCUAUCCUUAAAAGUGCUUUGCGAGUAUCAAAAGUUAUUGAGAAUCAAAAAUGGCAUUGGCAAUGGAACGGCAUUUUACUUAAGGGAAAGACGAGGGAUUUUGUAGCAAAAGUAAUUGUUAAGCCUUUAAAAGAAGGAUCCAAUUACAAAACUAUUUUGGAUACGUUGGAGUUUAAUAAUGCUAUCUGCAUGACUAAUGCCAUACCGUUAUCAUAUGCUUUAUAUUUAGUAGGUAAAGGUAACGAUGAGUUGAGUGAUAUAUUUUUAAUGGAAUCUGAAAGCGGAAAUUUAAAAGAAGAAAAGUUCCUUAUGAAGUUCCACAAUUUGGUCACGUUUAUUCGAUUGGAAAAUGAUUACAAUGGGUUAUAUUUUUUUGUAUUUGGCGAUUAUCGAUGGCUCUGUAAGAACCUUAGUUUCGAUCAAGAGACUACAGAAUCUUUACUCCUCGUAGCUAAAAAUGUAAAAAUCAAGCAGGGUUAUUUGUUUCUUCAACAACCUUCAGUCCAAUUGCUUGAUAAUGAAACAAACCGUAAUGCAAAUUAUUAUAAAGCAAAAACGGAGUUGGUUGCUAAUGGUUAUAAUGAUUUCAUAACAAAAUUAUGUGAACAAAAACCGAACUUUACGGUAUACGCUAAUCUUAAAUUUGGUGAGGCAGAAGGUAUAAUAAAUGUAAUGAGAGCAUUCGGAGCUAAUUAUUUUCCGAAUUAUUAUUGCGAUAAUAUGGACUUGGUUUUGGUUCAUGUUUUAAUGCUGGAUCAGAUCAAUUUCAUGCCAAACUUGAUAAAACUAAAGCGUCAAGAUCAAUGUAAAUUCUUUGUAUAUGGUUGGGAUUUCAAGCAACAAGAUUCUAUCAAAUUCGAAGAAUGCUUUAUUUCAGGAGGUAUUUUAUCAGUUACGAUAAGAGCAUUACUUGAAGAAGGAAAUGGUUUGCAAAGAAUUUUGGAUAUUAUUGAAUAUCAAAAGGAAAAAGGCGCAAAUUGGAAAGUUCUGUUGGAUCCUGAAAUCAAAUAUAAUAAAUAUAACCUUGAUGUUUUAAUCAAUACCAUCCUAAAUGUCUAUGAAGACAAGUAUAUGAUGAAUUACAGUGAAAUUGAUGUUGAUUAUUUUGAUAUACUUUUGUGGAAAAAGUUAAAGAAAGAAAAUGAAACUAAUAUGUCUAGACUUUAUUAUGCUUUAUUGUAUUCGUAUUCGUCUAAGAAUCCUAUUAAUCAAUUACAAAGACAUUGUAUACUCAUCGCACAUGAAGAAGAAAUUUCUUAUCGUCCGAAAAUUUCCGGUGUUGACGUGAUGACUUUAAAAGACUUUGAAGAAAUUUUUGGAUUGAAUGAUAAUAUGGAAUGGGAAACAUCAUUUUAA